AUGUUACCGUUGUGUGAUUUAAUUGUAGUUGACCAGCAUCCCAGCAACGCUCCCUUUGCAUCCAAGAGUUCAACUCGUAAAAUAGAGGUUGCCUUUUCCCACCAUGCUUCCACCUCUGACUUGUCCGAGAAAGCUGCCGAGACAUCUCUUAAUCAAGGAUCGGCUCAAAAAUCUAUCGAAGGAUGGGUAUUAUUUGUAACUGGCGUGCAUGAGGAGGCAACCGAGGAUGAUUUUGUCGAUCUUUUUUCCGAAUACGGAACUGUAAAGGACGUGCGGCUCCCUCUUGACCAUCGUACAGGUUAUAUAAAGGGAUAUGCCCUUGUCGAAUAUCCAACGCUAGCAGAGGCACGGGCGGCCAUUUCUGCUUUAGAGGGCUCAAUCUUCCUCGAUUAUACUCUUCAUGUUUCUUUUGCUUUUUCCAAGGGCCAAACCAAGCGUCUGAAUAAAGAGUAA